GCGGACUGACGGCCCUCGCUGCCAUGGCGGCGGGUCAGCGUGCAAAGGCCGAGACUCUGGGCCUGAGGCGGCGGCUCAUCGGCUCUUCCUGCAGACUCUUUUUUCCCGAGGAUCCUGUUAAGAUUGUCCGGGGCCAGGGGCAGUACAUGUAUGACGAGCAGGGGGCUCAGUACCUCGACUGCAUCAACAAUGUGGCUCACGUUGGGCACUGCCACCCUCUCGUGGUCCAAGCGGCACACGAACAGAACCAGGUGCUCAACACCAACAGCCGAUUCCUGCAUGACAACCUCGUGGAUUAUGCGCAGAGGCUGUCCCGGACCCUGCCAAAGAAGCUCUGUGUGUUUUAUUUCCUGAAUUCUGGAUGGCUUGGCAGGGCCCACCUUUUCUGUCGUAGCUCGGAAGCCAAUGACCUGGCCCUGAGGCUGGCCCGCCAGUACACAGGACACCAGGACGUGGUGGUCUUAGACCACGCCUAUCACGGCCACCUGAGCUCCCUGAUCGACAUCAGUCCCUACAAGUUCCGUGACCUGGACGGCCAGAAGGAGUGGGUGCACGUGGCCCCACUGCCGGACACCUACCGCGGCCCCUAUCGGGAGGACCACCCUGACCCAGCUGCAGCGUAUGCCGAUGAGGUGAAACGUGUGCUCAGCAGUGCACAGGAGAGGGGCAGGAAGAUUGCAGCGUUCUUCGCAGAGUCUCUGCCCAGCGUGGGAGGGCAGGUCAUCCCCCCUGCCGGCUACUUCCCACGAGUGGCAGAGCAUGUCCGCAGUGCUGGUGGGGUCUUCAUCGCAGACGAGAUUCAAGUUGGCUUUGGCCGAGUAGGCACACAGUUCUGGGCCUUCCAACUGCAGGGGGAGGGCUUUGUCCCCGACAUCGUCACCAUGGGCAAGCCCAUUGGCAACGGCCACCCCCUCGCCUGCGUGGCCACGACCCAAGCCAUGGCGAAGGCGUUUGAAGCCACCGGCGUCGAGUAUUUCAACACGCAGCGCCUGCUACAGCUACUGGGUAACAACUACAGAUCAAGAGAGGUAGGGGAAAGAAGCCAGAUGAGUAGGAAUAGUGAUGCCCAGGAAAGCAGGAACCUGCCCAGCAGAGGUCCCUCUGUCCUGCUCGGUGGCCUGACCCUUCGCUGGUUGCAUCUCUCCGUGCUGGGUCGUGCCCUUCUGAAUCAGAUCAGGAUUUCCACCACCAGCAUGGACCCAGCCCCAGAACCAUGAGAUGAGCCAGUCCAAACUUGGACCCAUUCCUGGCCCACAAGGCUUGAAGUAGUCAGUCAGGCAGAUUUCGUCACCCCUGUUCAUCUUUUCUGUCAUUCCAUCCAGUUCAGGGACUGUAAUUUCUGGAAUAGUAGUAGGAUAUCUGACAGGAAUGGUAAACUCCAUGUCAGACUCAUGUUUGAGGAGAUCAUGGAUGUACCAGCAUUUUCCAAACCACCUAGUCAUUUCCUUGUUGGUCUCCAAUUGGAACCAAUCAUUGUCCACGUUCUUAUUGUUCUCCACACACCAGAUAAGAGAUUGAUCUUCCUCGUUAAGUCACUGCACUUACAAUCCCCGAUCUCGGCAUCCAGCACAAGGAUCAGCACUGACAAUGAUAUACCAGGUGGCCUCGCUCGCCAUCUUGGACUAGGGUGUGAAUGUUAACAUUUUUGUUUUUGACUUUAAUCCAUCUAGAGUUGAUUUGUGUAUAUGAAGAAAUAGGAAUGCAGUUUCAUUAUUUUGCAUGUGAAUAACGUCUUUUUUAAGUUCCCUUUAUUCCCCACUGAUCUGAUGUACCACCUCUGUUAUAUAGCCGAAGUUUCAUCUAUGAAUGGAUCUGUUUCUGUGCCCUUAUUUAUAUUCUGUUGGUCAGUUUGUCUUUCUGCACCUGUACCACAUUUCUGUAUCACUAGAGCUUCAUGAUAGGUUCUGAUGCAUGGUAGAAAAAGUCCGCUUUUACCUGUUUUUCUCUUCUUAUCUGUAUAUUCCUGACUCUAGUCUUUCAUAUUAAUUUUAGUAUUAUAUUUAAACAUUUUAUUAAAAAGCCUGUUGGGAUUUUGCUUGGGGAAUUGUGUAGAAUUUAUAGAUGAAUUUGGGGAGAAUUUGUGUUUUUUUUUUACAAUAUUGAAAUCCUCCUAUCCGUGAACAUGGUAUGUAUCUCUCCAUGUUUUAUAAUUUUCCCUAUGGAGAUCUUGCAUAUCAUUAGAUUUAAUUCUUAGAUAUCUGAUAUUUUGUGUCACAAAUGAUGACUUCUCUUUGUGUGUCUACUAUUUGCUGCUGGGGUAUAAAAUAUUGACUUUUGUGUAUUAGUCUUGUAUCCAUUCCCUUGUUAAAAUCUUCUGUUAUUUCUAAUAGUUUGUAGGCAGAUUUUAUUGUUGUUUUUUCCUAUGUAAACAAUCAGAUCAUCUCCAAAUAAUGGUAGUAGUGUUAUUACACUGGGUGAGACUUCCAGUACAUAGUUAAAUACAAGUGGUGUCAGUGGGCAUACUUGUCUUAUUCCUAAGUUAAUGGGAAUGUUUAUAAUAUUUACCCAUUUAGGAACAUGAUGUUUGCUAUAAAUUUUUAAUAAAUAUUCUUUCUCAGGUUAGGAAAUCUUCUAUUCCUAAUUUGCUAAGAGAUUUUCUUAUGAAUAGGUGUUGAAUUUUAUCCUAUUUUUAAACAUGUAUCUCUUGAGGUAAUUAUUUUUUCUCAUUUAAUAUCUUAAAAUGGUGAAUUAUAUUUACGAAUUUCCUAAUAUUAAACCAUUUUUGCAUAGCUGGGACAACAUCCAGUUAUAUUUAUACACUAUUAGGUUCUACUUGCUGAUGUCUUGUUUAAUGAAUUUGGCACCUGUUUUCAGAAGUAAAAUUGAUUCUCAUUUUUUUAUCAUAAUAUCUUGGGUUUUGGUAUCUGGGUCAUACCAGUCUUAUAGAAUGAGUUGGGGGUAUUUCCUCUUUUCCUUUUACUUAAAAUUAGGAGGAUGAUCUGUUCCUUAAAAGUUUGAUGAAAAUUGCCUAUAAAAUCAUUUAGGCUUUGAGUUUUCUUUGUGGGAAGGUGUUUAAUUGCUACUUCAGUUUCUUCAAAAGUUUAUAAAACCCUUCCCGUUACUCAUUUCUUCUUGGGUUAGUUCUGGUAAGUUGUAUUUCCUGAGAGUUUAUCUCUUUCAUCUCAGUGUUCAAAAUUGUUGACAUAUGGUUAUUGUUAUAUUUCCUAAAUAUCUUUUUCAUCUUUAUCAUUACAUCCCCUUUUCAUUCACAAUGUUGUUUAUUUGUAUCUUCUCCUUUGUUUUCUUUUCUUGUAUGUUCUUUGGAUUUAUUCUGUUAUUCUUUUCUAAUUUGUUUUAAUGCAGACUUUAUUCUUUGUUAAUAUAAAUAUUUAAGGCUAUAAAUUUCCUUCAAAGCACAACUUUUGCUGUAUCAUACAUAUUUUAAGAAGUAGUUUCAUUAUUACAGAGGUUCUCAAAAUGUGGUCCAGAUACCCUGAGGGUCUCCAAAACCGUUUCAGAAGUCCAGACACUUAACACAGUUUCCAUAAUCAUACUAACACGUUAUUUGCCUUUUCACUCUCAUUCUUUUGUGAAUGUACACUGGAGUGUUCCAGAGCCUACAUGAUGUGAGAUAUCAUAACAGCUUGAAUGCUGAAGCAGAUAUGAGAAUGCAGCUGUCUUCUAUUAAACCAGACAUUAAGGAGAUUUGCAAACCGGUAAAACAAGGCCAAAUGUCACUUAAUUAUUUUUUUUGAAAAUACACUUAUUUUUCAUAAAAAUAUAUUAUUUAUGGCAUGUUUAUUGUUCUUUUUAAAUGACAUACUUUAAUUGUGAUUUUAAAUGAAUGAAUAGAUAAAUGUUUUUGAAAUUUCUCAGUUUUAAUUCCUAACACAGUAAAUAUUGCUAGAUAUAACCCACAUAAACAAAAACUCUUUAGGGUCCUCAAUAAUUUUUAAGGGUAUAAUGCAAUUCUAAAGCCAAAAAGGUUUGAGGACUGCUGCAUUGUCAUUGAAUUCUAGAUUUUGCAGAUAAUUAUUAUUAUGACAUAAUUGCAUUGAGGUCAUUGUUACGUCCUAUAAAAUACUUUCGAAACUUAUUCUGUAAAAUGUGUUGAGGCUAUCUUUGUGAUCUGAUACUAGACCAUUUUUUUUGUGUGAUGAAAAUAUGUAUUCUCUAAAUGCUGGUUGCAGAACUCUAUAAAUAUGUUACAUCAUACUUGUUAUUUGUGUUGUUUGAAUUGUCUAUAUUUUUGCUGGUGUUUUGCUUUUUUUCUUUUUCUUUUCCUUUUUUCUACCAAACCUGUUAAUAGUUGGGUGUGUUGAAAGAAAACUUUUUGCCUCUAUUAGAGAAGUAGUGGUUUACAGAACAAUCAUGCAUAAAAUACAGGAUUUCCAUACACCACCUCACCACCAACACUCUGCAUUGGUGAGGAACAUUUGUUACAAUUGAUGAUAGUACCUUUUUAUAAUUG